AUGCCCUUGCCUGAGCUCGCGGCAGACGGCGACGCGCAGCAAUGCGAGCUGUUCUCCAACGCGGCGUCCUACGCCAUCCAGCUGCUGCUGGGCGUGAUCGCCAUCGCGACGCUCUGGUACAAGCGGCACGUGGAGCGGCCCCGGCGGCCGCUGCAGAUUUGGCUCAUGGACGUCGGCAAGCAGAUGAUCGGCGCGUCGACCGGCCACUUCAUGAACCUCUUCGUCUCAAUCCAGAUGCCGCCCGUGACGGACGAGUGCGCGUGGUACUUCCUCAACUUCCUCGGCGACUGCACGCUCGGCAUGAUCGUGAGUCUCGCGUUCCUGCGGCUGCAGCAAGAGCUGGCGUUCUCCAUGAACUGGGUCAACAUCCAGGAGAGCGGCGACUAUGGCAACCCGCCGUCGUAUCGGGUGUGGCUGCUGCAGCUGUCCGCGUGGUUGGUGAUCAUCCUCUUCUCCAAGGCCAUCGUGGUGUCCGUGAUGAUCGCGGCUUCGACGCCGUUAGGGCUCCUGGGUGAACUUCUCUUCCACUCGCUGCACGGAUACCCCUUCGCGGAGCUGGUGUUGGUGAUGAUUGUGUGUCCGAGUUUCCUCAAUGUGGUGCAGUUCUGGAUCCAAGACAGCUUCCUCAAGCGCGACGUUAGUGUGCUGCCCACGGCGUACGCGCGCUUCCGCCAUUCGUUCGAGGAGUCUCUGCAGACCAACCUGCUUACUCAUUCUCACGAGUAAGCGGUCGGUCGUCCCGGGUGGCAGGGGUCAAUACCGUAAGCGGACUAAUGGAUCAGAGGCCGAGAAGGCCCCAAUGUGAUGAU